AUGCGGAGUCGGAGGCAACUGGAAAGAGAAGAAGAGAAUUCAAAGAGAAAGAGACAAGAAGAUGAUGUCUCUCUCCAUAUUGAAGGUAGAAGCUAUCGGAUUGAGCCCAACAAUCAUGACACAGAAUCAGAAAAGAAUGAAAAGAAAAGUCAAGACCCUGACACCAUGGCAGGACCACCAGUUCAAAACUCUGAAGAAUUGCAGAAAAGGGAAGAAGACACUUCAGAGAAAACUAGUCACGAAGAUGUGUCGGACUCGGAAGGUGAAGACCACGACUCUGACAUGGGAGGACUACGUGUCCAACUUACAGUUUCAGACAUGCACCAGAGGCAAUGUCAAUGGGAAGAAGGUACUUCACACAGACGAGAAGAAGAAGAAGAUGUUUCAGACUCAGCAAAAGAAAGUGAAGAGUCUGACACCAUAGGAGGACCACGAGUCAAGAUUCCACUUCCAGACUCUCAAAAUUUGCAGGAUUGGUCAGAAAAUAUCCACCACACUAUGCUGCGCCAGAGGCAAUCUGAGAGGGAAGAGGAGGCAUCAAAGAAAAGGAGGCAAGAAUAUGUGUCUCUCCAUAUUGAAGAUAGAAGCUCCUGCGUUGAGGUCAAUGACACCGAAUCUGAAGAUGAAAGUGAUAACUUUAAGAUGGAAAGCAGCAAUGGAAGCAAUAGCGAGAAUGAAGACUCUGAUUCAGAUAGCAAGAGUCAACACUCUGAUAAUGAAGACACUGACUCAGAUAGCAAGAGUCAAGACUAA